AUGAACCGAAUUCGAAAAGUCAAAAAAGAUCGACUGAAGGUGCCAAAAGGUUUCGAUUUCAUGGAAAUCCCCGAAAAAAUCCCAGAAUUUCGUCAAUUUUUCGAGAAAAUCUUGGAUUUCGAAAAGGAGGCGGAAUACAAUGUGGAUUUCGUGUUUCGAUUCACUCCAUUCUCCAGACAACAUCUCAAAAACCCGCCAGCGAAAAAGAUCGAACGAUUCGACAAGGCGCGAACAUCGAUUCUGAAAAUCGGCGAAAUUUCGGAUCGAUCUAAACGUCUGAAAAUGUACACGGUGUUUUUGAGUGUAGAGGCUGCGAUUUUCGAGAAACGGGAUUUUGUGAGUUAUUCGAUGUUGAUGCAAGCUAUGCAAUUGACGAUUUUCGAAUUAAUUCGGACGACGAGAAUUUGAGAAAAAAAUUCCACCUUUUUGUUUUCGCACAGGUAAUUCGAAACAUGCUCCAUGCAAACAUGACUCAUUUUUGUAUGUAAAGCACAUAUUCUCUCUAUUUCUCUAGCCACCCUCCUCAUCUUGCACACUAUCUCUGCGUCUCGCCUCACUUCCAAAACAAACAAUACAAAUUCAUUCAUUCCCCCUUCAUUUCAUAUUUUCCUACGAUUUUUUGGCGCCAAAAUUGGUGGACAUCGGGAGAUUCGCGUUGUGCGCGGCGGCGAUGCGGCGGUUCCGCGCCGCGCAAUCCGCGAGGAGGAGAGCUGCUUUCAUCGUCUGCCGUUUGGCUCACUGAUUGGUGCACUUUUGUGUAUUUUGGGUGUGAUUUUGUUUGCGAUUAUGUUGUCUUGGGCGUUUAAUGCGACUGCGGAGCAAGUUAGGCGAACUUUGAGGAAUGAUAAUUGGCCGUGGUUGGAUAAGGUGAGAUUUUUUGCGGUUUCUAGGCCACGGAAAUUGUGUUUUUGGAUUUCUAGGCCAUAUUGUGGAUUUUUUGGGAUUCUAGGCCACCAAAAUCGUGUUUUUGGAGUUCUAGGCCAUAUAUUCCUUUUCUAGGCCAAGGAAGUCGUGUUUUUGGGUUCCUAGGCCACCAAAAUUUUGCAUCGGUGAUUUUUGGGGUUUUCUAGGCCACUAGGAGCACGAUUUCGGUUUUCUAGGCCACCAAAAUUAUUUCUUGGUGAUUCUAGGCCAUGAUUUGGUUUUCUAGGCCACCAAGAGUAUGUCUCGGUGAUUUUAGGCCAUGAUUUGGUUUUCUAGGCCACUAGGAUCACGCUUUUGUAUUUCUAAGCCAUAUUUCGGUUUUUCAAGGCCCCUAGAAGCACAAUUUUGGAUUUCUAGGCCAUCAUUUGGACUUCUAGGCCACUAGGAGCACGAUUUUGUAUUUCUAGGUCAUUAUUUGAUUUUCUAGGUCACUAGGAGCACGCUUUUGUAUUUCUAGGUCAUUUGGUUUUCUAGGCCAUAUUUUGUAUUCCUAGGUCAUAUUUAAAUUUUUUCCAGGUUCAAAUUUUCUUCAUCGUCAUAGCAGCACUAAUGGGAAUGUUUUCCCUAUUUUUCCUGAUUAUCGGAUUUACGGCAACUGGAGCAACACGGACUACUGUAUAUAAUAGUGAGUUGAACCCAAGUUGGCCUAGAAACCCAAAAACACAUUCCUCUUCCAGACAACGAUUCGCAAUGCGGCGGCAAAUUCGCGUGUGUUCUAGCCAUGUUUUUCGAUCUCAUACUUCUCGUCGCCUGGCUUUUCAUAAUUGCCAUCGUUUCAAUGCUAUCGAUUUUCUAUUUUUUCUUCGAUCGACUUUGUUGGCUUCUGCCAGCUUAUACUGAAGCCGAUUGUAUUGAUUUGCAUGUUUUUUGGCCACUUGUCGCUAGUUUUUCGAAUUCGGUGAGUUCAGGUUCUGAAAUUUUGGUGAAAUAUACCAAAUCGACAAUGCUGAUGAGGAUUCCGAAGUAAAAAAUUGCCAUGUGAGCACUUUUCUGGAGCUCCAAAGUUGGUUCGUCGAUUUUCACCAUUUUCCCGGGUGAAAAAUCAACUUUUAUAAUUUGGAUAAGGUUGUUCACCACAUUCGAAAGCCUAUCAGCAUUUUAGUUUAUCAAAAAAUAUCAAAUAGCAGCUGAAAACUUCAAUUUUUAAAUGUGCUCAAAAAAACUUUAAAAAACGUGUUUAUUUUCAUGACUUUUUCAAAAAUUUACAGUUAAAUUUUACAAUUUACAGUUUUGAAAAAUUCAUGGAAUUACAAGCAAUUUUUAAAGUUUUUUGGGCACAAAAUUAUAGUUUUCAGCUACUAUUUGAUUUUUUUAUAUACUAAAAUGCUGAUAGGUUUUCGAAUGUGAUGAACAACCUUAUCCAAGUUAUAAAAGUUUAUUUUUCACCCAGGAACAUGGUGAAAAUGGACGAACUAACUUUGGAGCUCCAGAAAAGUGCUCACAGAGCAAUUUUUGACUUCGAAAUCCUGAUCAGCAUGGUCGAUUUGGUAUCAUCAAAAGUUCCCUUCUGCAAUUCUGACACAGUGUUUUCCAGAACCUUCGUCUUUGCGGCGGCGAUGUUCAACAAUUCUGCGCACUCUCCUCAACAGCUUUCACUUGGUAUGUAAUUGGAUGGGUCGGAUGUGUUCUAGUCAUCAUCGGAUUAUUGCUAUUUUUUGGAAUUCAUGCCUCAAAUUAUGCACAUAUUGGAAAUGCUCAUAGGUAAAAUGGAUUUAUAGCCAUUUUUGGGUCCCCUGAUCAAAAAUCAAUCGAUAAAUUUUAAAGGUACAUCGAAUUGGAUCAAUUACGAAUUAUCGAUUAUCCCCCGCCACCAGCUCCUUCACAAAAUUCAAGAUCUCAUCGUACUCAAGACUUUUAUGCAUCGGAAAAAAGAUCGAACACAAGUUCAAGAUUCGCUGAAGCCAUGUCGGAUUCAGUUAGCCAAUUUGAUUAUCGAAGGGACAAAAGGCCGAAACCGGUUUAUUAA